UACCACGAACGUAGCACAGAGAAAAACAAAAACACCCAUCGUCCUACCUGGACCAAAAAGAGCAAGAACUGGGAUUGAUCAUCAUGCCCCCCUCCAUCGGCCUCAUAAUCUGCAGCCAGCGCACACCCCGCGCAGGCCCCCAAAUCGGCACAUUCAUCCACAACACCAUCCGUGAAUCCUACCCCGCUGAAAAAGCCACCAUUACGACCAUUGACCUGGCAGAAUGGAAUCUCCCACUCUAUAAUGAGUCAGGGAUGCCUUCGCGCAUCAGCUCAGCAGAUGAGUACGAGCACGAGCACACCAAGGCCUGGUCACGGGAGAUAUCGCGCCACGAGGCGUUUAUUUUCGUCACACCGCAGUAUAACUGGGGGUAUCCGGCGAGUGUGAAGAAUGCAAUCGAUUAUUUGUUCCAUGAGUGGAAGGGGAAGCCGGCGUUGGUGGUGAGUUAUGGGGGGCAUGGGGGUGGGAAGGCGGCGGAGCAGCUGAGGCAGGUGUUGCAGGGGGUGAGGAUGAGGCCGUUGGAGAGGAUGGUCGGGUUGAAGUUUCCGGAGAUGAAGGAGGUUGAGAGGGCGGCUAGAGGGGAGGAUUUGGGAUUGGAUGGGGAGGGGGGAUACUGGUUAGUAAUAGAUCAUUGCCCUGAGGCUGGGAUAGAAGACUGGCGCAAGAAGAUACUGUCACAAGUUCAUGAUAUUACCUGGAUAGAUGCAGGAACUGCGCACCCCUGCGUACUCUACACCCGUGGAUAUCUCAUAAGUGAAGCAUAUGAUUCCCUGUUUGUCAUGAGGACGCCGGGGUGUAUCAUCACAUAUUAUCCAACUGGACUAUUGUCCAAAUCGGUGUAUAAUCAUCGACACAUCCCCUUUAAAAACCUACUGUUAUAUGAUCAACCGUGUCUGAUGGUCCACCUCUUUAUUUUACUCUGCUCCCUCGUAGCCCUACUACCGGCGGCUGCCCCUUUCGAGACCAUAACCUGCGACAUCUGCAUCCUCGGAGGCGGAAGCUCAGGAACAUACAGCGCCAUCCAACUAAAAGAUGCAGGGAAGCACGUGGUAGUAAUAGAGCCCACCAACCGGCUCGGAGGACACGCAGAGACACUAUACUUACCAGAUGGCAACUACGUCGACUACGGCGUCGAAGGUGUCUUCAACAACGAGCUCUCCCGCAACUAUUUCCGCCGACUAGGGGUAGACUGGAAGCCACUACUCCCACUGAACAAACGAACCGACUUUGUUGACUUUUCAACUGGUGAACGUGUCGACCCGCCAGCAGGAAUCUUACAAGCCCUGGUAUCAACAUUCCAUUACCGCUCAUCCAUAAAGCACUGGACGUUCCUCACAAAAGGGGUAUACGACCUCCCCGACCCUGUACCAGAAGACCUCCUCCGUCCAUUCCGGGACUUCGUCGAGGAACAUUCCCUCGAAGCUGCCCUGCAUGUGGUGUUCCUUUUCUCCCAGAAUGUAGGGAACCUUCUCGACAUGCCCACUCUCUAUGCGAUCCAAAACUUCGGAGUCCCCCACGUUGACGCUCUCAUCCAUGGCUACAUCACACCGAAAAACGGCAUGUAUGAACUGUACAGACAAGCAACGGAAACACUCGGUUCGGACGUGCUGUUCCAGACAAACGUGGUUGCAACAAACCGGUCUAAUUCCGGGGUGGAGGUAACUGUUCAGCAUGCGAACGGCACCCACAAGCUCAUUCGAGCCAGAAACCUGCUUAUAACCUUCCCUCCGCUCAUGCAGAAACUUCAAGGCUUCGAUUUGGAUGAAACAGAAACGGACCUGUUCCAGAAAUGGUUCUGGAGAACAUACUACGUCGCCGUGGUCAAUAAUACCGGUAUCCCAGACAAGCUGUGGGUCACUAAUACCGAUCCCUCCAACGGACUGGGUUCUUUACCUCGCAUGCCAUUCGACUUUCUACUGCAGUAUAUGGGAGCGCCGGGACAUUCAACGAGCAAAUUAGUCGGCGAUAUGAACUUCACCGCAGAAGACGCGAGAGACCUUAUCGCGGCGGAUUUUGCGCGGAUGAAGGCGAAGGGGACGUUUCCGAUCCAGGAUCCUCAGAUCGUGGUGUUUGGGGAUAGUUCGCCGGAGACGUUGAUGGUGUCACCGGAGGAGAUUCGCAAUGGAUUCUAUCGCAAGUUCAUACAUUGUAUCACCCACCGCAACGCCACCAAUAUGACCAGUGGCCUGACACAUAGACCUGACACAUUCAUCGUCAGAUACACUCCGUAUAGACAGUUCCAGACCGCACUCUGA